AUGCAGCACAGAGGGGCUGUGGUCAGCUCGCUGGUCCUCCUUCUCAUCAGCGCGAGCUCGCCAGCAGAUGCCUUCAUCUUCGGUCGUCUAGCGGCUUUCUUCCAGCCUUCUCCACUCUUUGGCAUCCCUACCCACGUCACGCCGACAUCAGUGGGAGGCAUUUAUGUCAAUGCCUUCCCUUUCACGACGCCCCCAGCCGCGGACUGUUUGCAGCGGGCACUCACCCUUCUACAAGGCUGCCAGCCCUUCCUCAAUGCCCUCAACGCCAACGGAGGCCAGCUGUCAAAAUCCAGCGGGUGCAUCUGCGAUAACGGCUUGAUCAAUACUAUCAACAUCCUCAACACAAUACCGGCCUUUGCCAAGCAGGCACUCGUCAGCCUCAAUAAGGCAAAGUGCCCCCCGAGCCCGCCGCCGCCGCCGAUACCCGCUCCGGUGACCACCGUGCCAGCUGCAGCGGGGGGCGCACCCCCGGCCUUCUUUGCGGGGGGCCCGCCGCCCGCGCUUUUCACGGGGCAGCCGCCGCCGGCGUUUGUCGCGGGCCAGCCGCCGCCUGUGGCCGCCACACCGCCCCCGGUACUGCCCAUCUUGCCACCCUCGUCGCCCCCUCCAUCCCCAGUCGCUAGUCCGCCCCCGGCAGUAUCUCCCAGCCCGCCACCGGUGGUGCCCAGUCCCCCGCCGGUGGCACCGAGUCCCCCACCAGUGUCCCCUAGCCCGCCGCCGGUGGCACCGAGUCCACCCCCAGUAGCCCCCAGUCCUCCACCGGUGGUGUCAAGUCCCCCACCGGUGUCCCCCAGCCCGCCACCGAUAGCACCAAGUCCCCCACCGGUGGCCCCGAGCCCGCCACCCGUGUCCCCCAGCCCGCCACCGGUGGUGCCCAGUUCCCCACCGGUGGCUGUGGCACCAGUGGGUGCAAGCCCACCCCAGGUCGCGCUAGUUGAGGGCCUGCCGCCCACUGCUGCAAUUGCCCCAAUUGUAGGGGCAUUCGCAGAGGAGACUUCCCCGCCUCCCCCGGUGGCAGCAGCCGGCGGCAACUUUUGA